AUUCUUCAAGCUCUCAAUGAUUCCGGAUGUCUAUUCUCCUGAUCUGUCCUCGAUGUGAGAACUUUGGGUGCAUUCGGUGAAAUCAUGCGUCGACUUCUCUAUGUGCAUGUAUUACUAUGCUGCCUCAGUAUGGCUCAUCCCUUCUGUCCAUCCCAGUGCACCUGUGUCUUCCAUGGACGUACCGAUGGAACAGGAACCAGAUCUGUGCUCUGCAAUGACCCAGACAUGUCUGAUAUUCCUGUCAACGUCCCUGUGGACACAGUAAAACUUCGUGUUGAGAAAACUGCUGUACGGCGAAUCCCAACAGAAGCCUUUUACUACCUGGUGGAGCUACGAUAUCUGUGGAUUACUUACAAUUCCAUAACGUCAGUGGAUAGUGGAAGUUUCUACAACCUCAAAGUGCUCCAUGAGCUGAGGCUGGAUGGAAAUAUGAUCUCCAUGUUCCCAUGGGAGUCUCUAAAAGAGAUGCCCAGGCUGAGGACACUGGAUCUACACAACAACAGACUCACCAACGUUCCCACUGAGGCUAUCCCUUACCUUCUCAACAUUACCUAUUUGGAUCUAUCCAGCAACAAAUUAGCCACCCUGCCCUCUGAUCUCAUGGACAUCUGGCCCCCAUUAAAUGGAGCACCGAUCUCUACAAAUGUCUCCCAGAAAGUUGUGAUAGGCCUCCAAGAUAAUCCCUGGUUCUGUGACUGUAAAAUCUCUAAACUGAUUGAGAUAUCCAAAAUGACCAACACACCAGUGGUUUUCAUGGACCUAUUCCUGACCUGCAGUGGACCAGAGAAUCUGGCUGGUGUCCUUUUUCAGCGUGCUGAACUUGAGAAUUGUGUAAAGCCGUCAGUCAUGACUUCUGCAACCAAGAUCACAUCUCCUUUGGGCAGUAAUGUUCUCCUGCGAUGUGAUGCCACAGGAUACCCAACACCAACUCUCUACUGGGCGAAGACAGAUGGCUCACCUGUCAACAACACAGUCCAGGAGUCACCUGGGGAUGGCAUCAGAUGGUCCAUCAUGAGCUUGCAUGGAAUACUGUACAAGGAUGCUGGGAACUAUAGUUGCAAAGCUAAGAAUGUUGCCGGCAGCGCAGAAGCCACCAUUUCCGUCUCGGUUGCUGGUACCAUCAGUACCACCAUCCCUCCACUGAAGCCUAGCAUUGGAACUGGACCAACCAGCCAAUUCACAACAUUUACUCCCCCAACGGACAUUCCCAACACACUCCUUGUCACAUCCACAAUCCUUCCAAGAUCACCAACAACACUAUCUGCUGUCACCAAGAAACCAAAAACUACCCCUAGCAACGGUCUACAGAGAGGUUCCCUCAAACCUGCAAAGAUCCACCAAGGAGGUAAUGGGAGAAAGCUUGCAGCAGAUGAAAAGAGCAAGAAAAACGAUGUCUCAGAGUCUGUCAAAGACCUAAAGAUUGUAGAAGAAACAUCUGACAGUGCAGUGUUGCUCUGGACAGCAGAUGGGGUACCAAAUGAAUCCCCACUCACAGUCGUAUAUUCACCUUACGGUGAGGAUGACAGCAAAAGUACAGUGGAGACUAAUGCUGGCAGUGGCAAAGUGCUGCUAGAGGGACUAUCGUCUGGGAUGAGGUACUCAGUUUGCCUCAUAGCAAAGGGUAGUGCGGCUGGAAAAGAUCCUUGCAUUGACUUCUACACUCUGGACAAUGUUGAGGACACUGGGCAGAACCAGCUUUUCAUGAUCAUAAGCGGUAUUGCCUGUGCUUUGGUUUUGCCUCUUAUUGCCCUGUUGCUCUACAAGAUUCUCGCUCUCUACUGCAAAGGGCAUAGCACAGCUUUGGAUGAAGAGGAGCUUGAAAAAGAGAGCUAUGUCAAGUUUGAGACUAUUUCAAUGAAACAAAGGACUUUGACCUCUCACCCAACUGAGCUUUGGGCAAGGAGACCAACCCAUGAAUCAGAGCGAAUGCUCUUGUGCUCCAGGUCAAGCAUUGACUCCCAGAUGACCUAUAAGAGUGACAGUUCCCGGUCUGAGUAUCUCUGCUGA